AUGCUUCGGUGCACGCCAACGCGAUCUCGUGGGGGGCCGGCCUCCCCAGCCGUCGCUUUGGACAGUUAUCAAAAGGCCCUGGGGACGCUCCAGGAGAAGAUCGCGUCCCUGGAUGUGCUCGCCGCUUCGAACGACGACGUGGUCGAGGUUUUGGGCGCAGCUCUCAUCCUGACCCUCGCCGGGUUCCCGAGGACCGGCCAAGAUAGCACGGCCUGGUCUCAUCACAUAGCCGGGCUUGUCACACUGAUCCAGUUACUCGACCUCGGCACUAUCAUCGCCGACCCCCUAGGAAACAUCCUCAGGGAGAGCGUUGCCUAUUUUGAUAUUACGGCGUUUUCGCUUGGCCGGCCGCUGCGCGCCCGGAACGCGUGGCUGCGCUGGGAGAUACACCCACCCGAAGCAGUGCCGGCCGAUGACUUUGGGAACUUGGAAGUGGCCGUAGGCUACCCGAAAUCUUUAUUAACCAUCAUUGCGGUUGUUUCGUCUUUCUUGGACAAUCCUGAACAAGAUACGGCACUCGAUCUGACCGGGCUGGUCGAGAGGCUGUAUACCCACGCAACUGCGGAUAGCCUGGCGUAUCCCACGUCAACAUGCACUUCCGAGCCAGACUUAGACUGCAACCAUAGCCUUCCACCCGAUACGUUUCACAAGAUCGAGACGGCGCUUCUUCUGUGGCAACCCCCGACCCCGCCGAAAAGGCUCUCGAGUGCCGUCUCUGUAGCCCUGACUGGGGCGUGGGAAAUCAUGCGGAAAGCGACGCUCCUCUAUCUCUGGCGCGGGAGCUUCACUAUGGACGUGCUCCGCCCGCUGCCCGUUCGGAGGGCGGCCCUCACGGCGAGAUAUGUACGCGAGAUGCUGUUCGGUCUCCGCACGCUCCUAGCGUACCUCGAGAGCGACGGCAUCACAAUCAUGAACGUCAUGACAUGGCCUCUGGCUGUGAUUGGUAACGAGUGUGGCGGCGAUCGGCAGACGCAACGGAAGGUACUCAAUCUGAUAGACACCAUGACGACCAGGUUCGGAAUCCAGCAUUUGGAAUACGUUUCCGCUAUUCUGCAAGAGCUCUGGAGGAGAUUUGAGGACCAAACUGAGCCUUCUAUACCUCUUUGUCUAGAGAGUCUGAGCAAGGAUAUGGGUAUUUGUGUGCCAUUGUUUUAA